UUUGAUCCAUCGAAUGUGACAAAGUAGUAGUCUCAGCUCAGUCAGUCACUCGAGAUCUCAGCCGCCGGUCGAUCAUCAGUCAUACUCAUAGGCCUACUACUUGUAAGUUGUAGUUUAAAUUGUACGGCCGUCGUCGGCGCGGCCGUGUCGUAGUCAGCAUACACACGUACACAGCCAACACAGCUAGCUCAAGAUGGCUACUGCAGCUAUGGAGGAGUUCGAGCAUCAGUUUGCUUCCAUUUCCGCAGAAAUAACAACGAAAAUCAACAAAAUACCUCAAUUAACUGGAAGUGAGAAGAAACAGUUAAGCAGUUCCGCAGAGCGACAGAUUGAUGAAGCUAGGGAACUGUUAGAGCAGAUGGAUUUGGAGGUUCGUACAAUACCAUCAUCAGACAGACAGAGAUACAGUACUCGACUAAGAAGCUAUGAAGCAGAACUGACAAGACUAGAAAAAGAUCUUAGGAAAGCCAAGAUAGCAUUCCGUGAUGGUGAAGCAUCACGAGAUGAACUUCUGGGACUGGAUGAUCCAAGGAACUCUGAAGAUCAGAGAGCAAGGUUACUCGAUAACACAGAAAGAUUGGAACGAACCGGGAAGAAACUUGAUGCUGGCUACAGAAUGACGAUAGAAACAGAGGAACUCGGUCAAGGCAUUCUUGAUAAUCUGCACAGAGACCGUGAAAAAAUUCAACGAUCCAGAACAAGGUUACGUGAUACAGAUGCAGGUGUUGGUCAGAGCUCACGAGUCCUGAGUGGAAUGAUGCGUAGGAUAAUCCAGAAUCGUAUAUUGAUGGUGUUUCUUGCCAUUGUGUUCCUUGCCAUUAUCAUCAUUGUCAUUUAUUUCAUCACCAAGAAGAAAUGACUUUCCAGAUGUGCAAAGACAAAACGGAACCUUGACUCCAGCAACAAGACACAUUUAGGUGAUCUCAGGUGUUUCAAUAUGAUGAAAUAUUUGUUAGCUAGCUUGUGUUAACUAAGUGUGUAAAGCACGUAGAUUUUUAAACCACAAGACUUUGCACUGGAGCGUCCUCAUUGGUGAAAUCGCAAAACACUGCUGUCUAUGUAGGAUACUACUCCUGCAUUCAAAUAGAACAAAUCUCUUAAAACAAAUUCCACCGAUGAAAUUAAUUUAAAGUUACCUUAAUUCUUAUAUUUAGAUUGUGAAUCCAUGCAGUUGAUGGUUUUUUAAAAUCAUUUUGGCUCCUUACAAUGCAAUAUUGUCAAACCACUGAGGAAAGUUUGGGAAUUUUUCCUUAGGUAUUUUUUAAAGGAAAGAUAAGGUUUAAACAAUUUUAUGCUCUAAGUUACUAAUGGCUGGAAAUAAAAGAGGGUCAAAAUAGUCAACAAGUAGACUAGAGCCCAGAACCUAAAAACAAAAAUAAUAUUGGGUUUUACCCUUUUGAAAUGUUUUGUUAUCAAGCAUUGUAUCCUCACUGCUUCCAUGAACUUGGCUGGUACCAUGACUGGCUGCUUACUAGCACAGAGUUAUUACCACGUGACUGCUGAUCAUGCUGAUGUUUGUUUCUAGUCUGAAUCAAAUAACCUCGCGGUGAUUCAAAUUAAAAUCUUUGGCUUUACCUUCCUGUUUUGCCUUUAUUCAGGCUGACAAAAUUAAAUUUCACACGAUUAUGGAGAUGGACAACAUGCAAUAUACACCUGUAUUUCUGCAGUAAAACAACAUACAUGUACUUACUCUUGGGUUUUAAAAAAUGUCUGUGCUACAUUGUCAGAAACAUUCUAACACCGAUAAUUCAACAUUGCAUUGUGUCUAUUGUAGUCUCUGAUUCAGACAGUAGCAGCUUCAAAACUGAUGACGUACCCGUUGCAGAAGUAUAGUAACAUGCAAAAUCAUGAAUAUUUUUAGAAGUAGAUGUGAAUGAAUAAUUGUUGUCAAUUAAUUAAUUUGUUAAUAGAGGAUGCACAGAGUGAUCGUAUAAGAAAAGUUUACAAAAUCAGCAUCAAUAGAGUCGUGUACCUGUGCUUUGUAGAAUUGGUGUAUCUAUUGAUUUUUUUCUUAGGUUUUGUGCAAUUUGACGUAAUAAAUGUAGCAACAUGUAAUACUAAAUCUGAACAUCUAAACCAUUGGAACAUAUUGUGAUUAUCAGUGUUCCCUCCUCCUCAUGAAGAAGUUGUUGGUGACGCGUGUGUACGUUGUGAUCAAUCUUACCACGAAUCCACAAUUGUGUUUGAAGACUUGCAUGUUAGAAACAAAACUCUGGUCAGGCAUUUCAUGUUUCACACAUAAUAUAAUUAUGUUAGAGUUAAAGCGACUGUAUAGUUAUUUGUAUCAGUGAAUAUCACUAGGAACUACGAUUAUUGUUGACCUGAUGAAAAAAGCUUUCCCUUCUCAUUCUAGACAAGUAUGGACUGGCACUAUAGGUCUCAUGUUAGCUUGUACGUAGGCAUAUUUAUGUACACAAUACGCAUUGUAUAUUAUGUAAAUUGUAUAUAAAAUUGUAUUGUAUGGUAAUGUAAUAAAGUGCGUAGAAUUUCAACGUAAAUGAUAUGUAUAUUGAUAAAAACGUCGUUGCUGGCUAUGAAAGAAAUAAAAUCCGCUACACAAACAUGUUGUAAGGUAA